AUGGCGCGACCAGGUCGUACAAGUGCAGUGCUUGGUCUGGGGGCAGCUGCGGCACUUGCCCCGGGCUUCCUCCUGCCUGCGGAGCCAGCGCCCCGCCAAGCCGCGCCCACUGCGGCCGAGGCCUCUGCGCCCCGGAGUGCUGCCGCGGCCCCCCGUGCUGGCGCAACACCGGCUGUUACUGUUGGCUUGGGUGUUGCCGCCGUGGCUGCCGCAAGGUGCCGCAAGGCAAAGCACGUGCGAUGCAGCCGCGUCGUCCGCCAAGCCGAGCGCGCUCUGCGCCCUCGUGAUCGGGCAGAUGGCCAUGGCUGGGUUAAGGAGGACCCGGACUUCGAUGCGAUGAACGGUGCUGUCACAGCGACGCACGCCGUCGAGCUGAAGAAGAGGCCCAGCGGCAUCAAGAGAUAUACCCACGGCCUUGAUGGCAAGGGAGCGAUGGUCAUGGACAUGCAUGAGAAGGCUCGGUAUCCGGGUGACCCGCAGGGUCAGGCGGCUGUGGCCGGAGUGAAGAAAGGUUUCGUUGUCAAGGCAGUGAACGGCCAGGACGUGCGCAGCUGGGACUUCGAGGACAUUAUGGACCUAUUGGAGGACUUCAUCCCGGAUCCCGACGUCCAGUCCACCGCAGCCUUCAAGAGCGGGGAACAGAGAGUUCGCAAGCACCAGGCGGCGCGGCCCUUGGUGUUUCUCACUGCGGUGUGA